AUGAAUUUAUCGCAGGCCUUACCAAACAUAGACAAAAAAUAUAUUGAUCGAGAAAUGUUGAAAUUAACACUUUCAUUGUAUAAUAAUCCCCAUCUCUCGCGGAAAGGUGUUGAUGAAGUCGUAGAUACUUUUAACAAGUUCACUUCGAAGAUGUUUAUUCCCUUUAUUCAAAAGGAGAUGGAAACACAUGUCACGCCUAUAUCAACUGAAAUGGCAUAUUCUAAAUCGCAAUUUAUUUUAGAAAACUCAAAAGAUGUCUUUAAAAAAUUUUCAACUGAACACUUACGAUUCAAUAUGUACGAAGAAAAAAGUUCAUACAUACGUCCACAACUCUUCGAAAUUGGAAAAGAGCCGACUUACAUCACAAAGGACGAUAAAAGUGUAAUAGUGGAAAUGAAAAGCAUUUUUGCAGCAUACGUUCCAUUAAAAGACACAUUGCAAACUGUUCUUUCGAAACCGGGCAUAUUGGACUCAAUAAUUCAAUAUAUGGAUGAUUUGGGUGCAGAUAAAAAAUACCUAAGAAAUGUUAUACAAGGGGAUUUAUGGUUAAAAAAGUACCACGAUCCGGGUAAAAUCAUUAUACCACUUCAUUUUUACUUUGACGAGUUCGAAACAAGAAAUCCUUUAGGUAGCCAUGCUGGAGAAGAAAAAUUGGGUGAUCUUCAUCUACUAUCAACACAGGGGAUAACGCUAAAUUUAAAUGGUUUAAAUCGAACAAUAUUCUUCCAAUUAAUACAAGUUCUAGGUGACAAUUUGGGUCAAAAUAUGAUUUGCGGAUUUACAGAUAGCUUUAAAUUUAUACGCUUUUGUAGAAUUUGUACUGCAACGAAUACCCAAUGCUUUGAAAUGAUAGAAGAGGACGAAUCUCUCUUGAGAGAUGUAAAAUCUUACGAAAAGAAUAUUGUUGAAAAAAAUUUUUCGGACAGUGGAUUAAAGGAAAAAUGCGUUUUUAAUGAGAUAAACAAAUUUGAUAUUGGGGAAAAUAAGUCUCUGGAUUUUAUGCACGAUGUACCCGAAGGAGUUGGAGUAUAUACUAUGUCCAAAAUAAUAGAAGGAUUAAUAUCUACGAAAGAAAUAAGCUUAGAGGUCAUUAACAACAGAAUUGAAAGUUUUCCAUUAAAUGAAGUAGAAAAGUCUAACAGACCAAGGCCUAUAUUUUAUUCUGUUGGAAAAAAGGGUGGUCAGAAAAUAAAAAUUAGACAGUCUGCUUCUGAGAUGAUGUGUUUGAUUAGGUACUUUGGAUUGAUGGUUGGCAAUCUUGUGUUUGAAAAAAACACUUAUUGGAAACUCUAUCUGGUUUUAAGAAAAAUGGUUGGAAUCAUGACAUCUCCAACAUUGGACAGAGGACAAAUCCAAAACUUGACAGAACUCAUCAAGCAGCACAACAAGCAAUACCUUCGUCUUUUUGGAAAAUUAAAACCGAAAAUGCACUUCCUUUUGCACUAUCCAGGAAUUAUGUUAUUGUUAGGACCUGUUGUUCAUUUUUCUGCUAUGAAGUUCGAGAGAAAAAACAAAGAGCUUAAAGAAUUUGCAACUGCAACGACAUCAAACAUCAAUUUACCAUUAUCGAUUGCCAUUCGCCACCAACUAAAUUUAUGUUAUAAAACGGAAUUAUGUCCACAUAUAGAAAAGGACAUUAUACUCGGAACAAUUCAUAAUACAAAUGCACACACUGAUUUAAAAAAUUUAAUUCCGACCUUACCCGAUGGAGUACCAACAUAUACUUUGAAAGAAAUUGAAAUAUUCGGCAAAAAAAUUUCUAAGGGAACAGUGAUAGUUAGUAGAAUUUCGGAAGAUGGUCCUACUUUUGGAAAAGUGAAAAAUAUUUUCCACUGCAAAAAUGUGUAUAUCGAAAUUGAAGAAUUCGAAACACUCUACUUCAAUCACCAUUUUUAUGCGUAUUGCGUCCAGUCUAUUAUGAACUCACCGAUAUUGUUAAUAAAUGUCGAUUUAAUACCUAGAAUAACCCCUUGUUUAUUCGUCGAAAAACUUGAAGAUGAAUUUAUAGCGACUAGAUUUGAAAUAUAA